GGACAUUUUCUUGGAAAGCAUCGACUUCCAGGUGUAUUCCGAUCUGGACCGACCACUAGACUAGAUAAAAUUUCAGUUUAAUGCCUGCCCUAUUACACAGUAUCCGCUGUUUCUGUAGUUUAUCAUUUCUGAUCCAAUUGUAGCGGCAAUCUAAUUUCACAUCCCAGCAUUGGUCAGACCAUGGCUUCUGAAAUUUGAUGAGAUGUGACAGCAAGGUGUUCAAGACACCGAGAGAUAAUCUGUGCGCACUGAAGAAAAAGAGCUUCAUUUCUCGAAGACCCGUGACAAGGACACUAGCAUACGCUGGGUUGUGUACAUAGGCAUCUGUUAUUAUAAUGAUCUCUAAAUAUUGAGGUACAUUUUAUGAUGCCAUACUAGAAUCAUUCAAGAGCGAAGUCAUUUUUUUAAAUGAAAGAACCAAAAAGCUACUGGACUAUAUGGAAUAAAUAGAGGAGACGAAGAGAGGGAUGGGUAGAGAAGGAAAGCGGCUAUUUUCCUAAUUGCAGUGCUAUUGGUUGCCGCUGACGCCCUUUGUGUGAAAGGUAUGAACAGAGGCGGAUAGACCGAGAGCUCGAUCAAAAACCAUGACAACUGGAGGGGGCAUGCAGGACCAGGGAGCUUUCUGAAAAGGGGCACGCAGGACCAGCGGGAAACUGUAUGUCACACAGGGGAGCACGAGCGAGGAACGGUAACAUCUUUGCCUCGGGACUAAACGCAGUAAGAGGAGUGGCGCGAUAUGUGACAGGGGGCAAGACACGGGAUCGGGGUGAUUUGUGACAGGAGACCAGGCGCAAGAGCCAAGCCCGAUCUGAGGCAGGCAAGGAGACACGCACACGCACACUCUCUCUCUCUCUCUCUCUCUCACACACACACACACACACACACACACAUACAUUCGUUCGGCUAGCUUUCAGACGCACAUCUGUAUUCUGUGAAGAAGCGCUCUCCGCGCAGAGGAUUCGGAUGACUAUUUUACGCUCAUCGGAUUCUUUUCACGAGGAAGGCAAGUGCCAGUGCUUCUGCGUCUUCUUCGUCCCUGCUCGGCGAUUUAGACGCCAGCGGACCGUUGCGGUUUCACGCGAAACAUGGCUAAGGAAUCGAGCCGCCGAUGGUGACAGCUGUGGGCAUCGGCGCUUGUCCCCGUGUCUGUCAGCGCAAUGAAGAUGUGAUCCUUCGUUUGGACCUCCAUCUCAGUUCCAGCUCUGCAACAGCCCUUCUCCAAUGGAAUGAACAAUGGCACAGCUCUAUUACAAAAAGGUGAACUACUCACCCUACAGAGACCGUAUUCCACUUCAGAUCGUGCGUGCAGAGGCCGAACUCUCUCUGGAGGAGAAGGCGUAUCUAAGUGCCGUUGAGAAGGGUGACUACGCCAGCGUGAAGCAUGCUCUGGAGGAGGCGGAAAUCUAUUACAACAUUAACAUCAACUGCAUCGACCCUCUAGGCCGCAGUGCCCUCCUCAUCGCCAUUGAGAACGAGAACCUGGAGAUCAUGGAACUGCUUCUAAACUACAAUGUCUACGUCGGGGACGCUCUGCUGUAUGCUAUUCGAAAGGAGGUGGUCGGUGCGGUGGAGCUCCUGUUGAGCCACAGAAAACCGAGUAAAGAGAAGCAGGUCCCCUGUCUGAUGAUGGACAGUCAGUUUUCGGAGUUUACUCCAGAUAUCACCCCAAUCAUGUUGGCGGCCCACACCAAUAACUAUGAAAUCAUCAAACUGCUAGUUCAGCGGAAAGUGACGAUUCCCCGACCUCACCAGAUUCACUGUAACUGUGUGGAAUGUGUUUCCAGCUCCGAAGUGGACAGUCUGCGGCACUCACGCUCCCGCCUUAACAUCUACAAGGCCCUGGCUAGCCCUUCUCUCAUUGCUCUCUCCAGUGAGGACCCAAUCCUUACGGCAUUCCGACUGGGGUGGGAGUUGAAGGAGCUCAGUAAAGUGGAAAAUGAAUUUAAAGCGGAAUACGAGGAGUUGUCUCAACAGUGCAAGCGCUUUGCAAAGGACCUGCUGGAUCAAGCCCGUAGCUCCAGAGAGCUGGAGAUUAUCCUCAACCAUCGGGAUGACCACAGCGAGGAGCUGGAGCCGCAUGAGUGUCACGACUUGGCGAAGCUUAAACUGGCCAUCAAGUAUCACCAAAAAGAGUUCGUGGCUCAGCCCAACUGUCAACAACUCCUGGCAACACUGUGGUAUGAUGGAUUCCCAGGCUGGCGCCGGCGGCAUUGGGCAGUGAAGCUGCUGACAUGCUUUAUUCUUGGCCUUCUCUUCCCCGUCUUCUCUGUAAUCUAUUUAAUUGCACCCAAGAGCAGCUUAGGACAGUUCAUUAAAAAGCCAUUCAUCAAGUUUAUCUGCCACACCGCCUCCUAUCUGACUUUUCUGUUCCUGCUGUUGCUAGCAUCCCAGCACAUUGUUCGUACUGACCUGCAUAUGCAAGGACCCCCGCCUACCAUUGUGGAGUGGAUGAUUUUACCUUGGGUGUUAGGUUUUAUAUGGGCUGAAAUUAAAGAAAUGUGGGAUGGAGGAUUCACUGAAUAUGUACAUGACUGGUGGAAUUUAAUGGAUUUUGCCAUGAACUCCUUGUACCUUGCUACAAUUUCAUUAAAAAUCGUUGCAUAUGUCAAGUAUAACGGUUCCCGUCCAAGAGAAGAAUGGGAAAUGUGGCACCCUACGUUGAUUGCAGAGGCCCUAUUUGCCAUUGCAAACAUCUUCAGCUCGCUACGACUCAUCUCUUUAUUCACGGCCAAUUCUCAUCUGGGACCCCUUCAGAUUUCCCUUGGUCGUAUGCUCCUUGAUAUUCUCAAGUUCCUGUUUAUUUACUGUUUGGUGCUUUUGGCCUUUGCUAAUGGACUCAACCAGCUCUACUUUUAUUAUGAGACGAAUGGCACAGAUGAGCCCAACCACUGCAAAGGCAUUCGCUGUGAGAAACAAAACAAUGCCUUCUCAACGUUGUUCGAGACUCUUCAGUCACUGUUCUGGUCAGUGUUUGGCCUACUGAACCUCUAUGUCACAAAUGUGAAAGCAAGGCACGAGUUCACCGAAUUUGUUGGAGCUACCAUGUUUGGCACAUACAACGUGAUCUCAUUGGUUGUGCUGCUCAAUAUGCUGAUAGCCAUGAUGAACAAUUCAUACCAACUCAUUGCCGAUCAUGCCGAUAUUGAAUGGAAGUUUGCACGAACAAAGCUGUGGAUGAGUUACUUUGAUGAGGGAGGCACACUUCCACCUCCGUUCAACAUCAUUCCAAGCCCUAAAUCAACUUGGUACCUCUUUGUGUGGAUACACAGGAAACUGUGUUCAUGGAAGAAUCCAGAGGAUGAGCAAAAGAAGCAUGAGAACUUCAGAGCUUUCACAGAACGCCAUGCUGACAAUCUUAUCCAAAAUCAACACUAUCAGGAAGUCAUAAGAAAUUUAGUGAAGAGAUAUGUGGCAGCAAUGAUCAGAAGCGCAAAAACAGAUGAGGGCCUAACAGAAGAGAAUUUUAAGGAACUGAAACAGGAUAUUUCCAGUUUCCGCUAUGAAGUUCUCGAUCUAUUGGGCAACAGAAAACCUCCAAGGCGAACCUUUUCCUCCAGCAGUGAAGCCACUCUCAAAGAUGAAAUGAAUGAUGAGGAUGGGUGCCCCACAGAACACUCGAAAUCUCGAAGUGUCUCGUUCCGGGUGGCAGAGAAAAGAAGCGAUUCAUUUAGUGUGUCUGCUUUAUUUAGGUCCAUGUCAGGAACUGACAUUGUAGAGGAGAAACCAAAGAACAACAGGUUCAAGAAGUCUUUUGUCAAGAAUGGAAACAGACUUCAAAGAAUUUCCAAUUCCAAAAAAGACUCCUUUAAAAGACUUGGCCUUCUAUUCUCCAAAAUGAAUAGCCAUCGUCCGGAGCAGAACUCAGAGCCAAUGUACACUAUUUCAGAUGGGCUGAUCCAGCCCCAGUUCAUGUGGCAGGAUUUUAAGUAUUCUCAAAUCGCUAAAGACAAAGAUGUGACGAGGAGUGAAAGUCACUUAAAUGAGGUGGGUAACUGUGAGGCUGCGAAUGUCAAUGGCACGGACAAUCUUUUGGUUCCUGUUUGCAGCAACUCCCUUCACUGUGCUUCCAGUACCACGGCUUCCAACUGUAAGCUAAUUGAUUCCAAUGAGGACGUAUUUGAUGCAUGGGAUGGGAGCUGUGGCCUUGUGAACAACAAGUGGAAAACUGGCCAAGAGGACAGUGUUACAACUAUGUUAUAAAAACACCAACCUAAGUUGGAGGGAAAAAUAAUCACUGAUGUCAAGCUUUGUUUAUAACCCAGGUCAGCAAAUUUGCUUCCAACAGCUAGGAGCAAGGCUGUAGCACUGACUCAUUCUGCUUUAACUGACUGUCACAGAUCAUUUUUAGCAGUCAAGACUAACCAAGAAUAUUAUGAUUGCAAUAGUAAUAAUUAACAGAACACUGUUUCUCAUGUAUAAUUUUGCUGUCUAAAGAUUAUUUUUUACUCAGUCAAACAUAGUCCAGGUGGGUUAAAACGUGGUCUUUGGCCCUAAAAGGUCCAAAUAAAUCUGAAAGGGAAGCCUAGAGAGAUGUUUUUUAUAUUUAUUAUGUGUCUGGUUAUUUCAUCACUUAUGAGACAACUAAAAUAAGAGGGUGCUUCAAAUUUAUACUCUAUGAAUCAAAAAAGAUGGCACUAUUGUCAAAAUCCCAAUAUACGCUUUUUAUACUUCAUAAUUAUAGAUAAUAUAUAAUCUGGACAGGAUUGUUCAAUUAAAUCCAAAUGAAUGGUUUCAUAUAAAGUAAAAGAAGUGAAACCAAUUCAAGAUUUUCCACUUCAAAAAUGAAAACAAGCAUACUAAAUUUCAUUAUUUUCAAAACUACAAUUUAAUUGUUUGCAAUACCUUUUGAACAGAUAUACACAGUAGUUCCAGCUACUGUACAUAACUAAGAAGUUGGAAGAAAUAUUGUUUACCAAGAUAUGUCUCAUAUUUAGCUUAGACAGCUAGAAGAUUUGCUUCUUAUUUUUUUUAUAGUUUAUCAAUUAAAAUUUUCCUUUGAUGUGCAGCUCUAGAACACUAUGUUAGAAACGCUCAUUUUAAAUAUACUGGGGUCUUUAUGAGUAUGCAUUAAGGCUUUGUCUGAAAGGACAACAAGAAGGAAUAAGGUGAUUUGCUAGAAUGGCUGGGAAGUUUUCUAUUUUUCUUUUUUGCUAAUUAUUAUUAUUAUUAAAGAGGAGGUGGAAAGUGGGUGAUCAGUGCUUAUCCUGCAUAAAUAAUUGUGGAAUUUUUAAUUUACUAUAUAAUAAAACGACAACAGCCACGGGUAUGUUCAGCCUUCCCAGAAAGAAGGGAGAGGGUACUAGAAGGCAGAAAAGCAGCUUGAUUUAUAAAGAAAAAGAAAUCUGGCAUUCAACAUACACUGUGAAAAGGUGAGACUCUGACUUCUGACCUUGAACACAGCCUUCAGAAAUGGGCAAGGGGAUGUUGUUCCCUCUCAGUAUAUUUCUGAAAAUCACUUCUGAAAGGGAAAGAAUAAUACUGUUUGCAUUGUAAACUACAUUUAAUAGCACUCUUUGCUUAUUUUUGCAUUGUGAUUUGCUCAUCUUAUGCUAUAUAUUAAGAUGACAUUUAAUAUAGGCAAGAUCAUCAUACACUACAGAAACUGUACUAUGGGAAAAAAGCAAAACUGAAAAUACCAUUAUACAGACUUUAUGUGUGGGUAGUAAAACAAACACAUCUAAUACAUAAAACUGCUAUCUUGAUUUAUCAUAAAAUAAUUGCAAAUUGGAGAUAAAAAUGAAAAUGUAAGUUGCAGCCACCCUCUCGGUUAUAUAUAGAUGCUGUGACUUUAAUUUUUGAGGAACACAUUAAUAAUCAAAACAGUUAACCAGGCAUCAUACAGAAGUUUCAUUUGUAGUGCUUCAGUUAUCGCAAUGGUGGUCUACUAUUGAGGAGAAACACUUACAGUGCCGUACAGCCCAUAAAGAGGGCAGAAACUACGUUGAUAGAAGCAAGGUCAUUUUCCAGCAGUCACAGGAAUUGCAGACUUUCAUUGCUACCUAGUACUAUUAGGGAAAAAAAUUCAAAUUAACUGAAAUCCAUGUCAAAUUAUUUUUUAUUUAAACAAUUCCAAGAAAAAAACUAGGAAGUUAAACAAAAAAAAAAAAUAUAUAUAUAUAUAAAUACACAUUAUUUAGAGAUGAUCUGAGGUCUGUGGACUUUUAGAGGAAACCCCAAGUCUCCAAGUAAAAGAAGGUUGGAAGAUUUAAUAGAAAAAAACAAAACAUAUACAUAUAACUGUGGUGGGCUGGCGACCUGCCCGGGGUUUGUUUCCUGUCUUGCGCCCUGUGUUGGCUGGGAUUGGCUCCAGCAGACCCCCAUAACCCUAUAGUUAGGAUAUAGCGGGUUGGUUAAUGGAUGGAUAUGAUAUACAUAUA